UGUCUGUGUUCGCGAUUUUAAUAAAAGUCAAACGUGACAUUGGUCUUUUAUUUUUUAUUUUAAAACCCGGUGAUAACAAGUCGGAAAUCGUUGUUUGUUUACUAGUGAUAAGAAUUGCUUUUAACAAGGUGUGCCCUAGCUACAAUUUCCGUGGAACAAGCCAUAAAAUCAAUGAAAUGUUUUUGAAUUAUUUGUGGAUUUUGGGGUUAACAACUGCAGUGUUUUGUGUAAAACCCGAAUUUGUUUUACAUCGAGCCAAACGCGAGACAUUCAAGUCGAUUGUGGAGGAUCCGGCAUGUAACGAAGUUAAAGUCCUCUGUAACAAUUUAAGUGAGAAUGAUGAUAUUUUAAUAUUGGAGUGUUUACAAUCGCUGAAUCCGUCGAGAUUGUCUGAUUUGAGAAAGGAGUGCCAGAAUGUGAUUUGGACCCACAUUCGAGCUUUGACGAGUGAUGCACGAGUCAAGGAGUUUUUAGGCCGGUAUUGCUCCCGCGAUUUGGAGAAUAUCAACUGCGACAGUUCCUCUGGAGAGUACCUCAAAUGUAUAGUUAACAAUAAAGAAAAAAUCACUGAUAGUUCUUGCAAUAAUGUGUUAUUAAGACUCGAAGGAGUUGCGUUUCAAGACUACCGCUGGAUUGCCAAUUUUUUGGAACACUGCAAUGCGGACAUUGAACGCCUACACUGUGGCAAGAUCGACGGCACCUCUUGGACCCAAUUCGAGACGGUCACGUGUCUCCAAAACAGCAUUCUUAAUGUCCACGAUGACUGCAAACACGAAGUUUUCAAAUUAUCCGAAUUACAAGCAGAAAAUAUUAAACUUGACCGCCAAUUGUAUAUGGCUUGUGCGGAAGACCACCGACGUUAUUGUAAGCAAUUUCCCGCCGGCACCGGCCGUAUCUUUACCUGUCUCAUGGACCAACCCAAAGACCGCAUCACGAACGAAUGCCACAAGCAACUCCUCAAACGCCAGAAACUCAUCUCGCAAGAUUACAGAGUCAGCAAAGGCUUAAUGCGGGCUUGCAAGGACGAUAUCAGGAAGACUCACUGUCGUCGACAGACCUCCAACGACAAAAAUAUACGCCUUGCACAAAUUCUCCUCUGUCUGGAAAACGUGGCGAAAAACGGAAGCAUGAAAAUCGACCCCGAUUGUGAGAUCGAGUUGGUGGAACAUCGCCGGUUGCUCAUGGAGGAUUUUAGUGUAUCACCGGAAAUCGUGGACGGGUGUAGUGAAGAAAUCCGGAAUUAUUGCCAAGGAUUCGAGGCCGGAGGCAAGACGAUACAUUGUUUGAUGGACCACGCCAGGUUCAAAAAUGUGAAGAAGAGGCUCGGGGAUACGUGCAUGAGAGCUUUGGAAUCCUUGGUCAAGGAAACCGACGCUGGCGAAGACUGGCGCGUGGACCCCGUCUUGCAUCAGGCCUGUUACCACGUCGUGCGAACCGUCUGUCACGACAUCAAAGGUGGCGACGCCCGUGUCAUGUCCUGCCUAAUGGACAACAUAGGCGCCGAUCACAUGACCGAAGAAUGCGAAGACGCUCUGAUCCAAAUCCAGUAUUUCAUUGCACGUGACUUUAAACUUGACCCGAAGUUAUACAGGGCGUGCAAAGAAGACGCGGUCCGAAUUUGCCACGCCAAUACGAAUUGGGAGGAGUCGCAGAAAGACCAGCCCACUUAUGAACCGCAAGUUCUACCUUGUCUUUACAGACACGCCUAUCCCUCCGACGACACCAUCAAAAUCAAGACGAGUUGUCUGCAACAGAUCCAGCGAGUGAUGAGGCAAAGGGCGAUGAGUGUGGACCUUCAACCGGAAAUCGAGGAGGUGUGUUUGGACGAUUUGGCGCUGUUUUGCUUCGAUAAGACGAAAAGGGGAGAGGAGAUGAUGUGUUUGCAGAAGAAUUUUGAUGAUUUGAAGGAUAAGUGUAGGGAGGCGGUGGAAUCGUUUACGGAAGUGGAGGCUCAACAUGCGGAACUCAAUCCUUACAUCAUGCAACACUGUCGUAAGGAAAUGGAGACUCUGUGUAGUUCCGAGUUGAAAAAUGACGAAGGGGAUAUAAUGGAGUGUCUCAUUUCACAUAAAAACGAUCUUUCGGUCAAGGCCAAUCCGGCAUGUAGAGUCAGUAUAGAGCACUUCCAAAUUAUCUCGUUGAAAGAUUAUAGGUUCACUUAUAAAUUUAAGAUAGCGUGUAAACAUUUUGCAAUGCGGUUCUGUGGCAAAGCCCGAACUAAGACUGAAGUUAUCACUUGUCUCAGCGAGAAAGUCACCAAUGAUACAGUGAAUGGUUUGAAGAGUGCCGUUCCGAAAGAAUGUCGGCAACAAUUGAAAGCGCAGCUUUUACAACAGAGAGAAAACAUCGAUUUUGAGCCGAAAUUGAAAGCUGCGUGUGCUUCUGAUAUAAAGCUCCACUGUGCAAAUAUCGAGCAUGGCCAUGCUCAAGUCUUGGAAUGUUUACAAACCGUUAGAGAGAAAUUGACUGAUCGGUGCGAACAGGAAGUUUUCAAAGUUAAACGACAAGAAAUCUACGACAAUUCGGUCGAUUACGCUUUGACUACAAUGUGUGGGGACACAAUAGAACAGUUUUGUUCGCAUCACGACCGCGAAACCGUUCUCGAAUGUCUGAAAGUCAAUAAAGACCAAAAAGGCUUCAGUAAAAAAUGUCGAUCGAUUGUACUACACCGAAUGGCCGAACAAAACUCGAAUUACCAACUAAAUCCUGCACUGCAAGAGAACUGCAAAAUGGACAUAAACAAGUUUUGUGCAAGUAUUAUUAACAGUAAUCACGGUAAAGAUUUAAAUGGGGCCGUUAUUAAGUGUUUAAAAGGCUCAUUUAAGAAAGGAGUCUUGUCGCAUAAAUGUGAAAGUGAAAUGGUCUACAUUUUGCGGGAACAAGCACUCGAUGUCAGCUUAAAUCCUCUGAUUAGAGUUGUUUGUAAAAACGAAUUGGAAACAAUUUGUAAACCUAACGAGGAGGAUUCGGGAAAGACGGAGGAGUGUCUCAAAAACGCACUGAUGGAACGCCGAAUAAUGACGCCCGAAUGUGGAGUUGAAGUGGCGAAUAUGAUAGAAGAGUCGCAGGCUGACAUUCAGGUCGAUCCACUUCUACAGCAAGUAUGCGCUUUGGAUUUAUUGAAAUUUUGUAAAGACGUGCCGCAGGGAAAUGGCAGACACAUCAAAUGUUUGAGGAUAACAAUGGAAAACAAUCAACUAUCGGCUGAAUGUAAAGAUAUGUUGACUAAAAGACUGAAAAUGUACGAAAAUGCCGCUCAGGUAGCGCCUCCUCCUGGUGACUUCCACGAGUUAUACCAUCAAGUAGUGGGUUCACCUGCGAAACAUUAUUUCUUUUUAAUGUUUUUUAUGUUGUUGGGGACUGUACUUUUAAUUGGUAUUUUGUUCGGGCGUUCCUUUAGGCGACGAAUGACGAUUAAAAAUAAAUGAUUUUUUAUAAGUGUAUCUUAGUGUACGUAACAAAUUGACUUGUGAUAAAAUAUUUUAAAUAAAUAAAUCAGAUUUUAUUGUCUUAACAAGGCCAAAAAUACAAAUAUUUGAGUGUCAUUAAUUGUAAAUAUGGUGGUGUCAUUUGCCAUUUUAGCUAGGAUAAGGACAGAUGUUAAAGAAUAAUAUUUAGGUGACGCUUUCUAAAUUGUUUGUAUGAAAUUUUAAUAAUAAACGAUUCGAAAUAGA